AGAGAAUGUGUCCAAUGUAAACAUGAUGAUGUGCAACAACAUUUAGUGGACAGCAUUUAGUUGACAGAUAAAACAUCAAACACAUGCCCGAAACACACAACGUCUUCCCGCCAAUCUGUUUCAACAAACUGCUAAACAAAAUAGCCACAAAGGCUAUGUUUUUGGUUUGUAUAUGGAUGUUAUUAUGACUGAUCACGAUAAGUCAGAUUUCCCGAUCUCGGGGUGAACGAAUAUAACAGAAGCAGUUGAAAUAGCCAUUAGUGUGGGACGUAAUGAUUUUUCUGAAACGUCAUCUUAACGCGACAAACAGUAACAAGUUUCCAAAGUGAGUCUGCUUCAUACAUCCGCGGUUUGUCUGGAUAUAACCAAGCCCUCCUUCGUCUGAAUUGAACAGUAUAUGAAUUAAAAUAUAAUUUGUAAGUUUUUGUCCCGAGUCGGCACCCAUAGAGAAUGAGCGGGCGGUCCGUGAACGGCUCAUCAGUAUGGAUGCUCGGACACUGCAGCAGCUUGUAGCCGCCGCUGCCUCUCUGCACUCUCACAGAACAGCUGUGACAUAUGACAGCGGGUCAGUGUCGGAGAGCCCGGUGUCCCUGCUGUACAGAGAUUUGGUUGAACUGGCCGGUGAACUGUCUCAUAUUCUACGAAAGAACUGCUCCCCUAAUAACGGCGCGAUUGGGCUAUAUUGUUGUGAUGAUUUGUUCACUCCUGUCUGGAUGCUGGGGAUCCUGCAGUCACCUGCUGCAUAUGUCCCACUGGACCCAGAAGCUCCAGGACUCCUCUCUGCCAGAGUCAUGAACCAGUGUGGCCUCAAGUACUGUGCUGUGAAGACCGACAUCCUGCAGCGAUUGCAGGCAGCUCUCGUCAAACACAUAUCUGUGGAGGUUUGUGUAGUGUUGCCCAAGUUCAAACUAACCCUGAUACAAAUCAAGCUGCUGCCGGUCGCUGAGCACAAACGAGGAACAGAACAAACCGGAGCUCAGACAGCAGAUGGCGCUGGUCUCUGUGAUGCAGCUGCACACAGAGACUUGGCAUAUGUGCUACACACAUCUGGAACAACUGGCCUGCCAAAGAUUGUGAGGGUGCCACACAAGUGUAUACUCCCUAAUAUACUGCACCUGAGAUCUUUGUUUCAGAUGAGUGCAGAUGAUGUGGUUUUCCUCGCCUCGCCCUUAACCUUUGACCCCUCUGUGGUGGAUAUUUUCCUGGCCUUAUCAUCCGGGGCUCAACUCCUCAUUAUCCCUACCGUGAUCAAGAAAAUGCCCGGCCGACUGGCUCGACUGCUGUUCAAGCAUCACAAGACGACUGUCCUGCAGGUCACACCGACGCUGCUUGUCCGCUUCGGGCACCGCAUCCUAACACAGGAGGUGUUGUCGUCUGGCUCCUCGUUGCGGGUGUUGGCUCUGGGUGGAGAGGCCUGCCCGUCGCCAGCUCUGCUGAGGAGCUGGAGGCACCAGGACAACAAAACCCACAUCUACAAUGUCUACGGUAUCACUGAGGUGUCCUGCUGGGCCUGCUCGUACAAAAUACCAGAGUCUCUACUGCAGUCUAGCAGCCCCACUGUUUCCUUUGUGCCUCUUGGGACUCCUCUGAUGGACACACUGGUGGAAGUAAGAGAUGAACAUGGUCGCAUUGUUACAGAGGGUGAAGGGCAGGUGUUCAUAGGUGGAGAGGACAGAGUGUGUCUCCUGGAUGAUGAGGAGACUGUUAUCCCCGGGACGAUGAGAGCUACUGGAGACUGGGUGAAUGUCAAAGACACACAGCUGUGCUACUUGGGACGGAAAGACAGGCUGAUUAAACGCCACGGAAAACGGGUGAACUUGGACAGCUUGCAGCAACUCAUAUUGAGUCUGCCUCAGGUGGAGGCCUGUGCCGUGAGUCUGUAUGAACGCUUUCGACUGCUCGCCUUUGUCGUGGCGUCCACAUCUGGAGACCAGAAAACAGCCUCCCCUCUCACAUCUGUAGAACAAACACCAUCGGCCUCGGCUGAGCCUCUGGAAGGCCUCCCUUCUUCUGUAAAGCACCACCAGGGGGAGACGGGUGGUGCAGAUGGAGAUCUGAGCAGACUCAUCCUGAACCAGCUGUCUCAGCUGCUGCCGUCUUACAGCGUUCCUGACACGCUGGUGCUGGUCCCGGCCUUAUGCCUGACUCCUCAUGGAAAAGUAGACAUGAAGGCACUUAUGAAAAUAUACCAAAGACAGAGGCAGUUUUUAGAGUCCGAUUCUUCACGGGGAGAUGUCACCAAACUAAAGCAAACUCUUCAGUCCUUGUGGCAGGAAACUCUAGGUCUUCCUGAAGAUGAAACCAUUGAUGAGGAAUCCAACUUCCUGUUGAGCGGAGGAGAUUCUCUGAAGGCACUACACCUCUGUGAAGACAUCCUUGCUGCCAUGGGAGCGACCUCGCCAGAGCUUUUGGAGGUUAUACUCGACGGGACCUUCUCUGACAUACUGCGCCAUGUUGCGAGAGUAACACUGCUGCUGCCACUCGAGAACAGCCUGUCAUCGCUGUCUGAGGCCAAGAAACAGCACGCCGAUGCUCCCUCUGUAGUGCCAGCGAAGAGAGAACGCAAAGAGUCCACAGCAGCAGAGAGGCUGCAGGGGAGGAAACAGGCUGUUAAAGUUAUAAGACGAGCAGGUGAGGUGAUAGAAAUGAAAAUCAGAUAUCCAGAGACAAAUGCAAACUUCCAGGCUGAUGCACUCGUAGAAAAGGAUUCAAUUAAGAAGCGUAGAGAUGAUGUUCUGGGCCUCAGUCUGAGCUGGUCCUCAGACACAGGCAGAUGUGUGGACGCCUCCCCGGUGCUUCUAGUACGAGACGGAACAGAUCAGGGUUCACACAAGGAUGAAACAAUAGUGUUCAUCAGCUCCCACUCUCACAGGAUCCAAGCUUUAGACCUGAUCACCGGGAGCCUUCUGUGGGAGCGAGUUCUCGGGGACAGAAUUGAAGCCUCGGCUGCAGUGUCUCACUGCGGGAGCCUCGUGGUUAUAGGUUGCUACGAUGGCUGUGUGUAUUUCUUGUGCGCUGCUACUGGAAAGACACGGUGGAUAUUUGAGACGGGAGACGCUGUGAAGAGCUGUCCUGCUGUGGAUCCCCUCACAGGUCUGGUGAUAGUGGGCUCACACGAUGGGCAUGUUUACGCUCUGAACCCAGAGGUUCAGCAGUGUGUUUGGAGGCGUCAUUGUGGGGGUGGAGCUGUGUUUUCCUCCCCCUGCCUCCGCACCUCACUCAGGCAGCUGUACGUGGCUUCACUGGGAGGUCACCUACUCUGUCUCAACCCUGACAGUGGAGAGGUCCUGUGGUCCCACUGUGGAGACAUCCCGUUCUUCUCAUCACCAAACAGCUCCUCUGGUCAUGUGGUGAUCGGCUUGGUGGAUGGAAACAUCUGCUGCUUCAGCGACACAGGAAAACUGGUUUGGCAGUUUUUAACAAAAGGACCCGUCUUCUCCUCUCCCUGUGUCACACCAGACCAGCAGAGGGUUCUGUGUGGAUCACAUGAUGGUUGCCUUUACUGUUUGAACUGUGCCGACGGCUCUUUAGUUUGGACUUUCCAGACCACAGGGAAGGUGUACUCGAGUCCAUGUGCGUUUGAUGGCUCUGUUGUGGGCAGGAGGGGGAUUCUGGUCGCCCUGGCCUCCACAGACGGCGCAGUGUGGAUCCUGGAUGGACAAGAUGGACAAAUGCUGGCCUCAUUCACUCUACCUGGGGAGCUGUUUUCAUCCCCAGUGGUGUGGGAACAGUCCCUCGUUGUCGGGUGCCGCAAUGACUAUGUGUAUUGUUUAAAGCUGACUGUCAAAGAAGAAACAUAGAAGGAUAAUAUUUAUUUCUGCACUGAUUUUAUAAUAAACACUGAUGGCUUUUAUAUCUGUGUCAGAGUGGAGAGGGUGCUUUGGGAAAUAAACUUUAAUUAAAGUUCAGGGAAAUAA